UAUUUUUUGACCUGUCUCUAACGCACAAAGAUGAGACUGGUCUUUAGUUUUUCCUCUGUAAAUAUGGUUUUCUGACCCACUACUGGUUUCUCUAAAAAAGAAAAAAAGAAACAUGCUCAGACCACGGUUUUUGCCUCCAGAUGACCGAACUGUCCGUGAAAGUGAGAGAAAAGCUGCCAAGCUCCAUUUUAGUCAGUUGGGCAACAGUGAAAAUUUUCUUUUAGAGGUGGAAAAAAGCUCUAGGGAGAAGACAAUGAAAAAUUGUGUGACAGACGAGAGCUCUGUAUCAAAAGUCAGUGCUGAUGUUGACACCAGGAUUGAAAUGGAGUCAAACAAAGGACUUUUUAUUCCCUUCCCCAACCGAGAAAUAAAGGAUUCCCUAAUGAGUACUUCUGCAACACAGGACAGUUGUACACCAGGUCAGAAAUUAGACACUUUCCCACUGGGGACUCAGAUGCAGGAAAUGACAAGGGAGAUACCAAGUGACAAUCACCAGGAAGAUGAAUUCAGACGCUACUCACUUCGCCAAUCAACAGUCCGAUCCCCAGAGAAGAUGACUAGAGAAGGGUACCGAGUAUCUUUUUUGGACAAGAAGUCUUCAGGUUCUUCUCCAGAAAAAGGCAUGAUACAAAAAUCAGAUACUUAUCAGCUUACCCACGAUGCCUCAUUGGGCAAACGCCUAGAUGUGGGUGAUUCUAGCCAGAUCCAUCCCUAUCAGUUACCUUCAGAUGCUGGUCUGGAAAAUUAUGAUAGUCAUUAUUCUCAACCUCUAUCCCUCCACGGAAAUCUUGGUAAAAGACCUCAGAGAAGCAAGAACUACCGAGAAUAUAACAUAAAGCCUUCAAAUGACAUAAAGGCCACCACAUCCCAUUCCUGUGGAGACUUACUGACUUCUCUGUCAAACCCUGACUCCAGCACUGGAAGGCUUUUGAAGCUCAGUGCAGAUCUAUAUGCCACAACCCAUAUCAACAGUGACCCUACUCUGCUAGUCAACCUAGAGCAACAAUUGUCCACCAGCCUCGGUGAUUUAACAUCAGCACAUGGUUCCUUCCCAAACAACUCUGCCCUGGGAAGCUCUCUGCGGACACUGCUGUUGCCUCCUGGGACUUCAGAAGACAGAGAGAUUUUGACCAAGAGGUCAUUAAGCCCAUCGAGGAGAGGAUUCAAACGGAAGGACAAUAUCCUCACCAACUUGAAUUCAAAGCAUGGUUUCAGAGAUGCUACAGGCAGCGAGCCUUUCUCUAGUGACUUGGGCAGUUUGCAUGGUUUGCCAGGAAACCGCAGUCCCCCAAUCUCUGCCAGAACCCCCCAUGUGGCCACUGUCCUCAGACAGCUCCUGGAGCUUGUGGAUAAGCACUGGAGUGGCUGCGGCUCCCUCCUCCUCAACAAGAAGUUUCUCGGUCCUGCCCGAGAUUUGCUUCUGUCUUUGGUAGUCCCUGCUCCUUCUCAGCAGUGGUGUCGCUCAAAUUCUGAAGACACAACGAAAGCCUUCCACAGGAGGGAGAUUGAACUGAAGGAGGCUGGGCAGCUGGUCCCUAAUGAUAUGGAAAGUUUAAAGCAAAAACUGGUCAGAGUGCUGGAGGAAAACCUCAUUUUGUCAGAAAAAAUUCAGCAGUUGGAGGAAGGUGCUCCCACCUCAGUUGUGAGUGGGCACCCAUCCCAUACUUACGAUGAUCUUCUGCACAAAAACCAAGAGCUAAACAUGCAGGUGGCUUGCCUAAAUCAGGAGCUUGCCCAGCUGAAAAAGCUGGAGGAGACAGUUGCCCUUCUCCACGAAAGUCAGAGGUCCCUGGUGGUAACUAAUGAGUAUCUGCUGCAGCAGCUGAAUAAAGAGCAAAAAGGUUAUUCCGGGAAGGCGCUCUUGCCUCCUGAGAAGACUCAUCACUUGGGGAGAUCAUCACCCUUUGGGAAAAGCAUGUUGUCUUCCUCCUCGCCAGUGGCACAUGACACGAGUCAGUAUCUAAUCCAGAGUGACUCGGAUGCUGUCCCAGACCCUAGUUUAUGGAGCUAGCAUUUACCACCUUCAUGGCAGCCUCCCUCUUAUCGACAAGGGGCUCUCAGUGCCAUUGCCACCAGUAAAGAUUAAGAAAAAAACUUAUUCUGAUUA